AUGGCCGUCAGGUUCGAGCAGCGUGCUCGAGAUAUCCAGCGUCAGAGCGAUACCAACUCCACCUGGUUGGCAAGGGGAGGAGCAGCGCGUGCCUACACUCUCUCGGCAUCAAGCUGUGACCAGGUCAAGGCAGUGGAGGAUGAAUUGGUGCAGCUGCUCUCCGACAGCAACUCCGGUGCCAGGGAGGCAUCCCUGGUCGCCAUCGCAUGCCUAGGCACUCGAGCUUCUUGCCAAUCUCGCAUCGCGGACCUACUUCAUCACGAUGGAGACUCCAGCGUGCGCUGUGCGGCUGCUGACUACUUCGGCCAGCUGUUGCCGGCACUGCGCCCGAAGUCGGCAAAGGGAGCCAUCGCUGCACUGACGACUGCGCUUCAAGACCCUUGCCCUCAUGUUUCUGCUCGGGCCAUGUACGCUCUUCGCAGUGUACCACAGGGCGAGGCGCAAUCGGUGCUGGAACUCGUGGCGCCCACAGCGCUGCUGCUGGGCAAUGGCGACAAGUUCGUGCGCGCCCGGGCGCGCGCAGUGCUUGGCAGUUUCAGCGCCUUAUCGGAAAGCCGCAUUGCAGGAUUCCUGACCGAACGAUGUGAGACCAUGGAUGGGGAGGACAGACUCCGUGCCCAGAGGGCACUAGCAAACCUUGGAAAGGAGUCGACACUUCGCUCUCUGGAGUUCACUUCUCGGAGCUCUCGGCCAUCAUCGAGCUGGGAUUGCAAAGCUGAAGCCCAUAGCGCAAAGAUGCGAAGAGUCUAG